CGAUCAGUUCCCCUACCUACCGGCGUUCAGUUACGUUGUGGAGAACGUUACUCGGACGACAGUUUGUUUGGAUUUUGGUUGUACAAGAAGUCCUGUGAAAUCGUUUUUCUCUUUUUUCUAACAAACACGAUACGAACAGUAGUGUAUUUAACGUUUGUGCGCAAGUGAUCGUGGGAAAGUACUUUCUACCGGUUUUCUUUAACGAUUAUCUCGAUAUCCCCGUUUACAUUCCAUACCCACGCGUGGUUUUGCAAGUACGCAGGAUUCGGUACUUUGGUGAACAUUCGAUGGGAAACAACAGAAGGAUCUUUUUCGAAGAAUCAUCACCGGCGAUGCUUUGAAUCGAUCCUCGAUUGGGAUUUUCAUCGAACCGUACAGGAAUGCGGCGCGAAUCGUUAAUGAAAAAUGGACAUUAAAGAGAACGCGUGACAGCCAAGCAGUGGUACUAAGGAACAUUAUCCUUCCGGUAACGAGAAAAAGAAGCCGAAGAACCGUGGUCGCAGUUACUGGCUAGAAGGGACGGAAGGAGGUACCGGAAGAUAUCUCCGGCUUUUCGUGAGAACCAGCGACCUUCCUUCGUACGUGAGAACAGCAACGAGAGGUCGUCCUUGAAGGUGUGGAAGAAGUAACGCGUACAGCCAGUGGUCGAGCAAGCAACUCGGGAUCGAGAGAGAUUUAUUCGAGUUUCACAACCUCUCUCGAUCACCGGCACCGGUCGUGACCUCGAUAGAGCUCAUCCACCUGGUCGGCUAUCUUAGCUCGGGCAAGCGAGCAGCACCCUGGAAAGGUCGAGUUGCUUUUGCUCUUCAGCUACCAGGGAAAUUGCAACGCACCAUGUAGUUGGUCAACGAAUCGAAGAAUUAUCCAACUGAAAGUGAAUCUUGAUAGAGAGACGUAGAAAUAAUUGUACAUACAAAGUGUAGAUAGAAAGAACCAUGAAGACGAUGGGCGACGUGGUCGCUGAUCCUGUGGACGAAGAGAACGACAGCACCGGGUCGGGACAGAACGCGAUUACCGGUAAAGAAUUUGGUCAGAAGACUUUGAGGUCGUUGAAGAGAGGACUUGGUAGACUCUGGAGAAGGCACAGGGGUAAUGCCUCGAUCACCGAGUACGACCCUUGUUAUAAGGUCGCUUAUCUUGGGAACGUUCUCACUGGAUGGGCCAAGGGUGAGGGCUGCGUGGAGAAACCGGUGUCGACCUUAUGGCGCAAUUACGUUAGCAGCAGCCGACCGGACGUGUCGAUGAGGUUGACGGUCACGAACGGCGGUUUGACCGCGACGACCAAGGAUCACGGUCUUACGGAGUACUGGGCUCAUAGGGUGACCUAUUGCACGGCACCAGCUUCCCACCCGCGGCUCUUCGUCUGGGUGUAUCGGCACGAGGGUCGCAGGUUGAGGCCGGAGCUCAGGUGCCACGCGGCCUUAUGCAACAAGGAAUCCACCGCCAGAAGGCUGGCCUCGACUUUGAACACCAGGCUACAGCAAGCUCUUCUAGAAUUCCGGCGGGACAAGGUCUCCAGACAAAAUGCUAGAUUAUCCCUAGCAAGUGCUCUGUACGAGAACCCUUCCUUACCACGACGAAAGUUGCUUCUCAGUACCGGAGGUCAGAAUUAUCGACCUCCUCUGGAGAGGUCGAAGAGCGCGCCGAAAUUAUCAGCGAUCGAAGAGGACAUCGUUGCCGAAGAGAUAGAGCAACAAAGAAUCCUCGAGGAAUUGAGGAGCUUGGAGAACGUGGCACGCAGCUGGCAAGAUCAAGACAGCUGGAGGCUCGCUCGUUUGCUCGAUGCUUUGCAUCGCGAGUCCUCCGAUGAGAAUGGAAGUAUAUCAAGCGGAUGCGAGACAGCGAGCACCGCGACCAGCGAAGAAAGAGCCCCGGGUACGGAGGAUCAUCACGCUGCAGGUGACGGAACGGAGCCACGAACGGACAGAAGAGUGAUGUUCAGCGACGAGAGUAUCGGUCGUGGUGCAGGACCUCGGAGAAACUCUGAGGGUUCACCAAAUUUCAUGACCUGCGCCGGAAGUCCCCGUUUCCACCGUCGCAAUGUGAUGAUCGGUCGCAAGAGGUUUCCGUCUCGUCACGAAGAGGACGAAUCGAUGGAGGAAGACGAAGAGAUAGAAGAACCAGCCUCCCACGUGUUCGAUUUCGAGGAUGCCGAGGAUUUCGAUGACGUAGUCGAUUACAGGCCAAGGGGUGAGAUAUUGCGUAGGUUGGAGGAUCCUCAGGAGAGGGAGAGACGGACCAUGGAAAAGUACCCUGGCAGGAUGAGCGAAGAGUUGUUGCCAAACGACGAAUCUCCCUUUCUAACUUUAGAUUCUCUCGACGAGGAAGUCGAUAGCGACGAGAGUGGCUACGUCGAAGCACCACCAAAGUCUUUUUUGACUCAAGACGAUCGUAAAGAGGACGAGGAGGAACGCAAUAACAACAAUAAGAAAGUUGAGUUAAAUCAAGGGCAAACAGAAUCGCAGGAUGUCCUCAGAGGAUCGAAACACGAAGGUUCCAAAGAUGCUAAACAGGAAGAAAAGAAAGAAGAAGAAAUGGAAUCGAAGGAGGUGAAAGAAAAGGAAAAAGCAGACUUCAUCAAGUGUCCCAUCUCAGAGACUAUCAAGAAACUAGCGAACGCGUCCCUAAAGAGUUCCAAGUCCUUAGAGAUGACUACAAACAAUUGUCUGAAAGCUCUGAAUAAUUUAAAGACAUCCAAGUCCUUCGACGGUGUUAAAACCAUCGAGAUCGAUGGCGAAUCACCGAGUCUUCAUCAACGGAAACAACUGUUGGCUCAACAGGGUGUUAUCGUUUGAAAACAAAGCUCCUUCCAAAUGUUCACGAAAGUUGGAUGGUUCUUUUGUAUUGACUAACGACAAUGUAGAUAGUUUGUUGUUCACUCGUCAUGUUGUCGUCAUCGUUAGACAAUUUUCUUCGAGUUAGGAAGCUUUAUAAUGAGGGAUGAUAAUCGAUUCCUAUGAUGUUCGUUUUGUUUGAUCAAUAAGGAGAGUCCUUGGUACGCUGUUGUAUCUGUGUUUAUUGAUUCCAUAGAAUGAAACGCAUCGUGGUUUUGAGAGAACGUGUAUUGUUUCGUCGAAUUGUUUAGAAUCAAACGGUUUUGUAUUUUAUACAAAUAGUGGAUGGUAAUUUAAUAGGUGUGUCUAGUAAUUAGGAGUUUGAAGUGAAGGUUUACACGUUGACUGCCCCAGUGAAGAUGGACAAGCGUGCAGUAAUAAUUAUUCAAUUAAUUGGUAAUUAAUAUGAUGGUCAUUUUCUUACGAAGGACCUCGUAGAAACGUUUAUAAAUUAGCUAAUUUCAAUUUCCAGAUUGAAGCUUUCAAUUUAAUGAUGGUAUUGAAAACGUUUCAUCUCGUUUUUUAUUUUAAUUAUUUAGUUGCAUUGCAUUUCAGGCCCCCAGUGAAUUCCAAUGGCAGCCAACGUGUUGUUAACAUCUGUUACAUCAUUUAACAAUUCCUCGAUAAUUCUUUUUUCCUUUCCAAAAUCUAAUACCAGUUUGAGAGUGUGUGUACUUACAAAGUUAAUUCGAGAAUAAGGUAAUGUCGUCCGAUUAAUGAAAUCGAACGAACAUCUUCUGCGAAGUUAAUUGUUCCAGAUUCGCACAAAUUUAGAAACCGGCAUAUUUUGUAAAUACAUUUAACAAACACCGAAAGGUAAUAGGAAUAAAGUAUCGUUAAAGAGUUCCACGUCGAAUAUUUAAAAACAAAUAAUGUCAAUAAAACGGUUUCAUAACAUUACGUUUUAUAAAAAAACCUUCUUCUGCUUCCUGUCGAAAUCAUUCUGCAAAUGGUGCAAAACUUAGGGUGUGUGUAAAUGGUACAUGUGGUAUUUUGUGUUGGUCAUUGAUAAUUCAAUCGCGAAAAAUAUUCGAUGAAUUUGAAUGGUUACACAUUCGAACGAUUGAACACGAUUCUUAUAUCAAGAACGUGCCAUACCGAUACGAAAUGUAUCUUCGUACUUUUAUUACCAUUUCUAUUCUACGUAUCAAAAAUUUAGCAGAAAAAUAUACAUAUAUUUGUAUACGUGUCGACGAGUAAUCAGGACUAAAGUACUUUGAUAUUUAGUGACCUAUUAUCGUGAUAAAUGUCUCAUUGAAAAAUUGAAAUUGUGAGAACUAUUGUACGAGAAGGGUUCGAGGAACAAUAAAGGGAAUCCCUUCGAAA